CUUUGUCUGAAGCUUUUCUGUUUUCUUGAUCAAGUUUUUUCAGAAAAUUAGAUGCAUUUUUUUUUUUUUUGCGGGGCUAAAUCAACUUGACUAUAGAUGAAACAAAUGGUCAAAUUGGGGCUGCAAUUGAAACGUGAUUUUAAGUGGUUGUUGUCAUCUUCUGGGAAAACUUAUUAUCUGAGAAAAAAAGCUACUAUUUGAUUCCUGUUAAACGUGAGCUCUUUGAUUUGACAACCAUUCAAGUCAACUUUCUUGGUUGAGAAGGAAUUCUUGGUGUUGUUCAAAUUUAUUGAUAUAACAUGGGUUCUGAUACUCCAGCUCCGUUAGUUGAGAAGACAAAUGCAGCAAUGGAGACAUCUAUUGGCAGGUCUUGUGCUCCUAAGACCAAGGGAAAGGUUCCCAAAAGAAUUCACAAGGCUGAGAGGGAGAAGCUCAAGCGUGAGCAAUUGAAUGAGCUCUUCCUUGACCUGGCAAAUGCUCUUGAUCCGAAUCAGCAGAACAAUGGGAAGGCCUCUGUUCUGUGUGAAGCAACUCGACUAUUAAAGGACUUGUUUGGUCAAAUUGAGACCCUCAAAAAGGAGAAUGCUUCUUUGUUAUCCGAAUCUCACUAUGUGAACAUUGAGACGAAUGAGCUGAAGGAGGAGAAUUCCAUCCUGGAAACUCAAAUCCAGAAACUGCAAAGUGAGAUAGGGACAAGGGUGGCCAAUUCUAAACCUGACCUGAAUGAGCCUCCUCUUGACUUUCAGCAAUCAGAAUUAUCAUCACAUUUUCAUGGAGAUCAUCCUGGUUUGCCUGCUGUAGAACCUGCUCUGCAACGACCUUCUGCUCUCCUUCUUGUUCCCAUUUGUCCCGAUAUGCAGGCUUAUUCUGUGCCUGAUUCCACGCAACCUGCUGCAGCUAAGCCUAACUCAAUUGUUAGCAAACCACAUGCUCGGUAUCCCACCCCGGCAGAUUCAUGGCCUUCUCAACUUCUUGGGAAGUAGUCAGCAAUUAGGAAUGAGUGUCAACUUAAUGACAGAAGCCCAGAUAACUUGUAAAUUUUACUUCUGCAAAAUUCCCAACCCUUCCUUUUGGUUAAAUUAGGAUUGCCACGCUUUCGAAAGCUUGUACGUCGCGUAGUGGGUGAAUUAAAAGAUGAAUCAAUAGUGUUUUUCCAUGUGCAUUGGAUGAAUUUUGGUUUUUGACUCUGACAUGGAUAGAUGGUGAUCAAUGAAAAGUUAAAAACUGGCUUACAUCCUCUAUCUGUCCCUAACAUUAGCGGACCACCUUCAACUCCAUAAAACAAAGGCACAUUUUGAAGGCAUUGAAAUAACUAAACAACAAAAGUUGUCUGAGAACAAUUUAACAAAUGUUGAUCUGACAACAAAGCAUUUGUUUUAAAACGAAAAGCCAAAAUGCCAUGACACCUACGCGGCUCCUGGGGUGCGAUGGCACCUAUGUGGCUCCUGUGGAAGCUUUAAUUCCCUCCUACGUUUUCAGAACUUGCUAGAUAAAGGAAGUGGCAACUCUGUGGUU